CCACCCCACGCUUACGCCCAAUCACCUAGGUUAUUUGAGUGGUUUUCCCACGUGAAAGAGAGGAACCUGGUGUUCGCCAUGAGAGAAGAUUACGAGGUUGAUGAGAAGAAGCAAGCGGCUGCCGAUGUAUUGUUUAAUUAUUCCAAGUUUGCAAUGGCAUGUAUCGGAAAUCAAACUCGAGCGAGUGACAUGAGGUUGCAUUUGAUGAAGGAAAUCUCGGGAUUGCCAACUUCUCUGAAAAGGAGAGAAGCUUCCAGAACAGCUGCUUCUCCUGAUCCAGCGGGUGAAUCCUCGAGCUCUGGUACAGCCAGGCUUGAUAAAGUGGACAGUUUCAGGGCAGUUUAAUUUAUACCUGCCAGUGUUUCAUAGUAUAGAUGUUUGGCGCAUCACGGGUUUAGUUCCUGCCUCUUAGAAAAACCAUUUAUGGAUUCUACUCUUGAUUGGUCCGUGACAAUGUUAUCUUGUAUGCAAUGCCUCGAUGUGUGAUUAUUGAAACUGAUUGUUUUGCUAUUACUCUGAGUUGUUAUGUCUUUGGUGUCAUCUCUU